GGUCACGUAUUUAUCCUCCGUGAAUACCGACCGUGACUACGUGCGUUGCGCAACAUCCGCAAGCGUUGGUGCAGUACAGUCGGGGCUGGCGUAACUGGCUAGCUAGCUGAUCCCUUGAAAUGGACGUGUUCCUAAUGAUCCGGCGUCACAAGACGACAAUCUUCACGGACGCCAAGGAAUCCACCACCGUCUACGAGCUGAAGCGGAUUGUUGAAGGAAUACUUAAAAGAUCCCCUGAGGACCAGCGUCUCUACAAAGAUGAUCAGUUACUGGAGGACAGCAAAACUCUGGGUGAUUGUGGAUUCACCAACCAGACUGCCAGACCUCAAGCACCGGCUACAAUUGGUCUGGCCUUCCGUGUAAAUGAUGAGAUGUUUGAGCAGCUGCACGUCGAGGCCUUCUCCAGCCCCCCAGAACUCCCUGAUGUGAUGAAGCCUCAGGACUCUGGUAGCACUGCCAACGAGCAAGCGGUGCAGUGAUGGCGAUGGAUGGAUGGAUGGAGGGAGGGAGGGGAGGGGGGCUAACGACGGAGGGAAGGAUGGGAGUGGGUGUGUGUGGAUUUACUGGAGUGAGGAAGUAAUAUAAUUUAAUGAAUGCGGACAUUAUAGGUAACCGAGCCUGCCCACGUUACCUUCAUGCCAUCACAUCAGCAUCCCACCUCCGCCCCCCCCCUCGCCAAAUUACUUCAUGUCUUUCUUUUUAUCUCUCUGGUUUCCACCACCGUGUGCAGCCCCCCGGCUCCUUGAAUUUACUCUUAAAGCACCGACCGUCACACAAAUUUGGAGCGAGAACGUUUGGUUUUGGAACGUGUGAGUGUAUGUAAGCGUGUGUCUUUUGAGUUGUUAUGCUUAUCAUGAUCAGCAUCCCGGACCCCGCCGUGCCUCAGCGCCCCCCCCCCCCCCCCCCACCCCACCGGAUGUAAAAUGCUCGGGUAAGAAUUCAGUAUUUGAAUCAGAAACAGAAAAAACUGCAUGAACAACAUCAAGGGCCUCGGAACGGCCUCUGAGACUUUUACUCGGUCUGAUCCCUGCAAGCCUUUUACUCCACAUUAUCAAUUGGACGCGUGUAGGAAAGAGCCGUUUUUGUUUCUUUUUUUAGGAUGUGUGAGUUGUCAGUCAGUCGUGUUUCAUGCACUGAGACCAAAGGCAAGCCAGCAGACGGAUGCAUUUGGUCAAAGCACAUUUGGUCCUGUCACAUACAGUAAACACCGGGUGAGAACGUUCUUGUGUUCUACUUUAAUUAUUAUUUUUUUUAUAUAUACUUACACCAUGUCACCGAUAUUAUUAUUAUUAUUAUUAUGGCACCUCUUAACCCCAGGCACACAAACAAAGCUUGUAACUGUGAGCUCGCUUAAUUAAAAAAAAAGUUUUUCCUG